UUAAAAGCCCGGUAAAGUUAAUGUAAACAGUCAAACAGUGUAAUUUGAUAUUAACAAAAAACACAAUCAAAUUAGUAUAAAAUGGCAUUAACGAGAAGUGGUGCAUCAGGAACUAAACAGUCAGAACAAAAUGGUAAAAAAUAUACUAAAAUAACUAAAAACGCUAAAUCCAAAGUAUCAAAAAGGAAAGCUGAUCAGGAAGUAAAUGAUGUUCCAAAAAAAACACCCAAGGAAGCUGCCGAUGAAAAUAAUGUUGAACUCAAAUCAAAGAAACCUAAAAAAGAAAAAGAUGCAGGAAAUGAAGAAGCAGAAUCUGAGGAUACUGAUGGGAAAACGACAGGAACGAUAUACCAGUUUAAAGCAAAUGAUAUUAAAGGAAAUGAAGUGUCUCUAGAUAAGUACAAAGGCCAUGUGUGCAUUAUUGUGAAUGUUGCAUCCAGAUGUGGACACACUAAGAGCAAUUAUGAACAGUUGGUUGAAAUUUUUGAUAAAUAUUCUGAGGACAAAGGGUUAAGAAUCCUGGCUUUCCCUUGUAAUCAAUUUGGUAAGCAAGAGCCUGGCAAUAAUGAUAAGAUCUGUGAAUUUGCUGAAAAGAAAAAUGUAAAAUUUGAUUUAUUUGAAAAAAUUGAUGUGAAUGGUAAAAAUGCACAUCCCUUAUGGAAAUUUUUAACCAGUAAGAUAAGUGGACCAAAAGGCAGCAGUAUAGCUUGGAAUUUUACAAAAUUUAUAAUUGAUCAAAAUGGAAAUGUUGUGGAAAGACAUGCUUCAGCUGUUAAACCUUUAACAUUAGUAGAAAAUCUUGAAAAAUUUUGGUAAUGUUUAGAAUUAUUCAUGUACUUAAUAUAUAUUUUAUAUUAUAAUUAUUGUCAUCACAAGUAUUUAGAAUAUUUUAUAUUAAUAAGCAAAAUGUAUUUGGUGUUUUCUAUUUUGUGUAUGUUUCUGCAGGUAUUGAAAUAAAGAAAUAACUUUUCCUUUAAUUUGUGAACUUUUAGUCUGGCUGAUUUGGAAUAUAUAAAAUAGCUACAUAGAAUAAAAUUAUAAGUUAUACCUGGUGAUACUUGAAAUAAUCUGCUAUAAGGUAAAUGUGCUAGUAGUUGACAUUAUAAGAAGAAAAAAAAAACAUUAUUUAGCUUCAAACCGAUGUAGUUGAAAUUAAAUAAAAAAUAUAUGUAUAUUCAGGUAAUCUAAUCCUUCCUGAAUAUUUA